AAUAUCAAACUUCUAGUGUUGUAAUGACAUCUGUAAGGGUGUUUUCACACCUGGUCCCUUUCAGGCAUUUAGUGUAAGUGAACUCAGACCUGUGACUCAGUCUUUUAUGCGCAUGCCGGUAUGUGAACGAUCCAAAGUGUACCCAGUCCCCUUGGAAGUGAACCGUACUAAGACCUUUAUUGACAUGGUCUCAGUGCGGUUCGCUUACGAGUCCUGACAAGUUACACAAGUUACUUAGAAUUUGAAGGUGGUGGUAAGUACUCAUGAAAAAGGUAACAUUAUUGAAUGGGCAGCAUGAAUUCUGGAAAUAAACAACUAAAAAUCUCACACAGUGUCCCUUUAAGGUUUAGUAUGAAUGAAAGGGUCCCACAAAGAUAGGAAGGGCCCCACAAAGAUAUUAAGGUUGAGCUGUGUGUGUUCGCGUGUGUGUAUGUGUGUUUUUGUGUACACAUUAACCCUGUGUGUCCUUUGAUAGGAAGGGUCCCACAAAGAUAUUAAGUUUGAGCUGUGUGUGUUCACGUGUGUGUAUGUGUGUUUUUGUGUACACAUUAACCCUGUGUGUCCUUUGAUAGGAAGGGCCCCACAAAGAUAUUAAGUUUGAGCUGUGUGUGUUUGCGUGUGUGUAUGUGUGUUUUUGUGUACACAUGAACGCUGUGUGUCCAGCUGCAGUGGUGGUGGCAGUGGUGAUGCCGGCCCAGCCCUCGGCCCGAGAGCCCGAGGAGGACAUGGAGACGGAGGGAGACAUGGAGGUGCCCCCUCACCAGGCCAACGGGGAGGUGGAGGAGGAGGAGGAGGAACGCCACCACAGGGAGGAGAGAGGAAGAGGAGGUAGAAGAAGAGGAAGAGGAGGAGGAGAGGCCGAGGAGACCAUGGAGGAGAGCGGAGAGGAGCACGAGAGCGAGAGGGGGAGCGAGCUGGAGGAGACUGAGGCGGAGGAGGAGGAGGAAGAGGAGAGCUCAGAGAUGGAUGAUGAAGACUGUGAGCGAAGGAGAUCAGAGUGCCUGGACGAGAUGUCAGAUCUGGAGAAGCAAUUCCUUGAACUGAAAGAAAAGCUGUUCCGCGAGCGGCUGAGUCAGGUGAAGGUGAAGCUGGAGGAGGUGCUGACGGGGAAGGCCGGGGAGUACCAGGACCAGCUGGGCGUGCUCCAGCAGAACCUGCAGAUGCGCACCCAAGUGGCGGGUAUCUACAGAGAGCUGUGCCUGCAGGUUAUUAAGCACAGGCAUGAAUGUGAGAUGCAGGGAGCGCGCCAACACCUGGAGAGCGAGAGGACGAUGCUGUAUGACACCAUGAAGACAGAGCUACUAGACAAGAUCCGCAGACUGGAGGAGGACAAGCAAAGUGUAGACAUCACCUCAGAGUGGUGGAGCGAUGAAGGGAAAGCCAAAAAGUGCAAAAGGAAGAAUCACCUUCUGCGCCAGGAGCGAAAGAAGAAAGCCGUGCUCGUUUCAGGUCCUUACAUAGUCUACAUGUUACGGGACAUUGACAUCCUUGAGGACUGGACGGCCAUUAAGAAGGCUAAGGCAGCUAUUACGCCCCUCAAGAAGAAGUCAGAAGGUCGGCAGCCUCUCUCCGUGCGCACUGAGGGGGGCACGUUGUACUAUGAUGGGGAGAAAUUCAGCAAAGGCAACAGCGUUCUGCUAGAGGUCAACGAUGACAGCCCAGCACAGGCUGUGAUCACUGCGGUCAGUACAGGGGAGGUGUGGUUGAAGCGACCAGACGGCAGCAAGACCAAAAUCUACAUCUCCCAGCUGCAGAAGGGCAAAUACGUGCUGCGCAAAGCCUGACUGAUACAUGCACACACACACACACAGACACACACAUGCAAGCACACACACACACACAUAGACACACACACACACACACACACACACACACACACACACACACACACACACACACACACACACACACAGAUGGAGGGUUGGAAAUUUAGCCCAGCUACAAACCAAAUACUGGUGAAAAUAUGGAAAUGUGAUGGUCAGUGAGUGUCCAGAAUGUUUCACCAAUUAUUUGUCAGUUUUGCAAACCUUAUUUCCUUCCCUGAUGCACACACACACACACUCACACACACGCACACACACAUAUGCAGCUUAGACCAGACACUCUUAGAUAAAAAGGUUUCUGUGAUUUUAAACAGCCAGUAGUUCUAGGUGGACCUGCCUUGAAUGACAAGGUGCAUAAUACACUGUAGCUCAUUUUUGUUUUGGCCUUCAAAAGGUUCCUCUUUGGUGUAAAGGGGUUAUAGACUACACACCAAAGGUGUUUCAAUCAUUAAUAUGAGCUUUUCUAUGGUCCCUGAAGUUAAAGAAAAAACAAAAAAAACCGGAUAGAUUUUUUAUUUUGUUAUUGUAUCAUACCGUAUUAUGGUACGGUAAAGUUUAACUUAUGUGAUGACAGUGACAAAUGUUGUUUUGCAUUCAAUGCAGGAAGAAACGAAGUAACGUUGUAGACGUAGCCUAAUGACUUUAAUUACUCAAGUCCCUCUCAGGACUUCAGCUAGUCUCUAGAGAGACUUUCUAAAAAAAGUUCGACAUGUCACCUUUUUGUCAAAGAGUGUCCCCUUUAACCAGUCUACUCAAGGGAACAAGCUAGCUAAGCUAAGCUAACCUACUACUAUGCAGCAAACACUGUAACAUGAUGCAGAGCUUGGAGACUCGAUGCAAACCAAAAUCUUGGGAUCCCACCCCUCAGCCACAUUAUCGUCAACAUAGACAUUCUUUAUAUAUUAUCUACAGCAGUGGUUCCCAAACAUUUUCAGCGGGGACCCCCUUUUGGCCUAGCAAUAGAUUUCUAGCAAUAUUAGCAGACGAACUAUUAAUGGAAAAUCUAGCAAUAUUAAUGGACAAAAAAAUGUCCAGGCAAUUUUUAGUCAAAUCAACAUUGCUAGAUUUUCCAUUAAUAGUUUGUCCACUAAUAUUGCCAAAAAUACACAGGAAAUAGGCCUACAGUACAAGUGAAUAUGGUUACUAACCCAAUUAUGCAAUUAUGUUAGCUGUUAACCUGUGGAUUUCCCAUGUUCAUGCAAUGUCCCUUUUGUCCUGCGACACCCCUUCAGUACCUCCGCGCCUCCCCUAGGGAUCCCAACCCCCAGUUUGGGAACCACUUAUCCACAGUAUAUGUGUGCAAGCCAGUCUUUGUCCUCCCGUCCUCUCCUGUUACUGUGACCUGUGGCCCCUUGCCUCAGUGUCGCCUUUGUGGAGAAAACAAAAAGGUUUCCCAGCUGUCAGCCCGCGAAGAGUGAUUUUUGGUCGGGUUCUCCCAUUUAAUGUCCCGAUUACAAAAGAAAGAAUGACCGUUUAACCAUGUUUCUGCAAGAUGUUGAAUAUAAAUGUUGGUCAUCGAUGACAGCAAGCCAUCGGAAGGGCGGUAGGACAAAGAUUGACUUGCACCCUCGGUGUCUAUGAUCAUUAAGCAUUAGACAGGAAGUGGAGGAGUGAAAACGGGAUGUCCCGCCCUCCAUUGUUGUAGCAUACCAAAUCAACACUACUACUACUGGCAAAUGCCAAGGCUACUGCGUUUAAAAUAAAUCAAUCCAGCAUCCGCAUUAUUGUAACUUAUUAUAUUAGGAAGCGUGCGCUUUCCCAUGAUUGCACUUCAGGCGAAUGAGACUUUCACACAGCCUAGACAACAGGCAGGCGACUGCAACCCAACCGCACUUGGGCCAGGUCUCAGCCGGAUGUGAUGGGGGGGAAGGAAGGGUUGGUGGGGUUGGUGGAGGAUGUCUAAUCAGGGACCACCAGACCCACCACGGACUCUCUUUGCAUUCGCUGAAUGACUUGACUUUUUAAAGUUUCCUCCCUCCCCCCCCCUAUUUGAUAAUGACUGUUGAUUGUUGUGAUAAUGCAAAUAAUUUAUAUUUGUUUGUAAAGUGGUAGAGUGGGAACAGAAGAAAAAAGAGGGUGCUUUUUAAGACUGUGUUUAAUAUAACCAUGUAUUUAUAACAAAAGCGCUAUUAAAAAAUUCAGUCUUUUAUUAAA